AACUUUUUAUUGUGGUUUGUCCGUUCCGAGCGCUCCGCAGAACAGUCCUCCCUGUAAGAGCCUAACCAUUGCCAGGGAAACCUGCGCUGGGCGCUCCCUUCAUUAGCAGUUUUUUUUUUUUUUUAAUUAAUCUGAUUAAUAAUUAUUUUCCCCCCAUUUAAUUUUUUCUUCCCAGGUGGAGUUGCCGAAGCUGGGGGCAGCUGCGGAGGGUGGGGACGGGAGGGGAGAGACAGAAGUUGAGGGCAUCUCUCUCUCCCUUCCCGACCCUCUGGCCCCCAAGGGGCAGGAGGAAUGCAGGAGCAGGAGUUGAGCUAGGGAGCUGCAGAUGCCUCCGCCCCUCCCCUCUCCCAGGCUCUGUCUCCUGCCCCCUUCUUGCAACUCUCCUUAAUUUUGUUUGGCUUUUGGAUGAUUAUAAUUAUUUUUAUUUUUGAAUUUAUAUAAAGUAUAUGUGUGUGUGUGGAGCUGAGACAGGCUCGGCCGCGGCAAAGAAUGAGGGAAGACGAGAAAGAGUGGGAGAGAGAGAGGCAGAGAGAGAGGGAGAGAGGGAGAGUGACAGCAGCGCUCGGACGUCCUCCCCAACGUCGCCCUCAAUUCCACCGCCUAUGAUCCAGUGAGGCAUUUCUCGACCUAUGGAGCAGCCGUUGCCCAGAACCGGAUCUACUCGACUCCCUUUUAUUCGCCACAGGAGAAUGUCGUGUUCAGUUCCAGCCGGGGGCCGUAUGACUAUGGAUCUAAUUCCUUUUACCAGGAGAAAGACAUGCUCUCAAACUGCAGACAAAACACCUUAGGACAUAACACACAGACCUCAAUCGCUCAGGAUUUUAGUUCUGAGCAGGGCAGGACUGCGCCCCAGGACCAGAAAGCCAGUAUCCAGAUUUACCCCUGGAUGCAGCGAAUGAAUUCGCACAGUGGGGUCGGCUACGGAGCGGACCGGAGGCGCGGUCGCCAGAUCUACUCGCGGUACCAGACCCUGGAACUGGAGAAGGAAUUUCACUUCAAUCGCUACCUAACGCGGCGCCGGCGCAUCGAGAUCGCCAACGCGCUUUGCCUGACCGAGCGACAGAUCAAAAUCUGGUUCCAGAACCGCCGGAUGAAAUGGAAAAAAGAAUCCAAUCUCACGUCCACUCUCUCGGGGGGCGGCGGAGGGGCCACCGCCGACAGCCUGGGCGGAAAAGAGGAAAAGCGAGAAGAAACAGAAGAGGAGAAGCAGAAAGAGUGACUAGGACUGUCCCUGCCACCCCUCUCUCCCUUUCUCCCUCGCUCCCCCCCAACUCUCCCCUAAUCACACACUCUGUAUUUAUCACUGGCACAAUUGAUGUGUUUUGAUUCCCUAAAACAAAAUUAGGGAGCCAAACGUGGACCUGAAAGUCAGCUCUGGACCCCCUCCCUCACCGCACAACUCUCUUUCACCACGAGCCUCCUCCUCCUCGCUCCCUUGCUAGCUCCUUCGCGGCUUGUCUGCAGGCCCCUUUCCCCGUCCAGGCCUUGGGGGCUCGGAUCCUGAACUCAGACUCUACAGAUAGCCCUCCAAGUGAGGACUUGGCUCCCCCAACUCCCUCGACGCCCCCACCCCCGCACCCCGUGCAGAGGGCCGGCACCCGGGCCUGGGGCCUCUGCUUCGGGCCUCAGGGCCCGGCUUCGCAGCCGGGGAGGGCCAGAGGCCCAAGGAGGGCGCGCCUUGGCUCCACACCAACCCCCAGGGCCUCCCCACAGUCCCUGCCCAGCCCCUCUGCCCCAGCAAAUGCCCAGCCCAGCCAAAUUGUAUUUAAAGAAUCCUGGGGGUCAUUAUGGCAUUUUACAAACUGUGACCGUUUCUGUGUGAAUAUUUUUAGCUGUAUUUGUGGUCUCUGUAUUUAUAUUUAUGUUUAGCACCGUCAGUGUUCCUAUUCCAUUUCAAAAAGGAAAAAAAAAAAAAGAGGGAAAAUUACAAAAAGAGAGAAAAAAAGUGAAUGACGUUUGUUUAGCCAGUAGGAUAAAAUAAAUAAAUAAAUAAAUCCCCUCGUGUUACCCUCCUGUAUAAAUCCAACCUCUGGGUCCGUUCUCGAAUAUUUAAUAAAACUGAUACUAUUUUUAAAA